AUGGAUAGAAAUGCCAAGCGUCGCAAGCGCUAUGCCGAAAUGCCACAAGAAAAGAAGGAAGAUCUCUUGCGGCGCCGCAGGGAAGCUAAUGCUGCACGCAAAAAGAAUGUAACCCUUCCUCCUCCUGUUCCUGGAUCUGGAACUCGCCUCUUAAAGAGAAGGCGCGCAACUGGUGUUCAGCAAACAACUUCUAUUGCCGUAGGAACAGUCGUCUGUUCUGAUGCUUCGGCCAGCCAGUAUCCAGCUCCUGGACAACGUGACUUUGUCGAGCAGGACAGAGUUGCUAUACAUGCUCAUGGACUACCAUCUUUAGCCGAUUCUAUAUCAAGUACGCCAAACGCUUCUGAAAUAGCUAUUCCGUCUCUCUCUGGAAUGCCUGCUGUUCCAACGCAAACUGCUAAUACAAGUAAACGUAAAAGGGUUACCAAAAGAAGUGUUCCUAGGCUGGACAAGAUUGCAGAAAAAGUUUUGGCCCUGCCUUAUGCUCCGCCCUGUCAGUAUUGUGGUGCUCAGCGAUUCCAUAUGGAGCCUCCUAACUUCUGCUGUUCCGGAGGAGGAGUCAGCCUUGUAAGCUCGUCGAUGCCUUAUGACCUUCGCCGAUUGUUUACUGGCGAGGAUGAGGAGUGUGACCACUUUAGGAGAAAUGCUCGCACUUACAACAAUAAUGUUGCUUUUACAUCAUUGGGUGCAAAGUAUGAUAAGGAAUUAACUAAGAACAAAAAUGGCCUUUAUACAUUUCGCGUCCAGGGCCAGGUCUAUCAUUUCCUCGAAGGAUUACAGGCGCGCGAUGCUAAGGCUUCUGGUAUUCAGUUGUACUUCUUUGAUACCGAUGAAGAGCUUGCCAGAAGAGUUGAUGGAUCUUCUAAGUUAAGAGAAACUACUCUCAGGCUGCUUCUGCGUAUCCUUGCAGACAACCCUUAUGCCAAGUUCUUUAAAGAUCUACGCAGCGUGCCGAAUCUUGAUGAUCACAGGAUUGUUCUCAACUGCAAUGUGUCCCUGGAUCAGCGUGUAUAUAAUCUCCCAACCGCUUCACAGGUUGCAGCGAUAUGGACUGGGGAUGGUGAUGAAUCCACAAAUGCUUCCGCUCAUAUUCAGGUCUAUAGUCACUCAGAUACAAGCCAUAAGAUCAAGCAUUUUUACUCUUGCUAUGACUCUCUGCAGUAUCCUUUGUUGUUUCCUCGCGGGGAAUGUGGAUGGCAUCCUGGUAUCCAGCGGGUUCAAGAGCACAGCAAAAAACGCAGCUCGCGUACGUGUGAAGACCAAACCAUUGUUGACCCGGCAUCUCUUGCCAAUGCUUCGCAGUUGAUUGACUCAGAAGAAAGAGCUGCUGAGCGUGGCAAGCGGCAGAAAAGCAAUGUCACUGCAAGGGAAUACUACUGCUAUAAACUACAGAUGCGGCCGAAUGAUGAUAGCAUGCUGUUGCAUGCACUGAGACUGCUGCAACAGUACUCUGUUGAUAUCUAUGUCAAGAUAGAAACAUCAAGACUUGCUUUCCACAGAAAGAAACAAAAUGAAAUCCGAACAGAGGCAUUAAAAGGUAUAAUGGAUAGUGUUUCAGCUGGUGAAACAUCAGGUUCCAGAGUUGGCCGGAGAAUUCUUUUGCCUGCCUCUUUUAUUGGUGGUCCACGAGAUAUGAGACGUCGGUACCUCGAUGCAAUGUCUUUGGUACAGAGAUAUGGUAAGCCUGACAUCUUUUUAACCAUGACAUGCAAUCCAAUGUGGAGAGAAAUUCAGGACAAUCUGAUGUAUAAAGAAAAGGCGCAUGAUCGACCCGAUUUACUUUCCCGAGUAUUCAGAGCAAAGUUUGAGUUGCUAAAAGCUGAAAUCUUGAACAAAAAAAUUUUUGGGGACGUUGCGGCUUGUGUUUAUGUCAUCGAAUUUCAAAAACGGGGUUAUCCACAUGCUCAUAUGCUGCUGAUUUUAAAGCACAGAUUUAAGCCACUCAAUCCUGAGGCUUAUGAUAGGAUCGUAUGUGCUGAAUUGCCAGACUCCACUAAAUUUCCUCACUUGCAUUCCCUUGUGGUCAAACAUAUGAUCCACGGCCCUUGUGGAAAAAUGAAUGCUCACAACCCUUGUAUGAGAGAUGGUCUGUGCAGAAAUCAUUAUCCGAAAGAAUUCUGCCAACAAACGUCGCAUGCUGAAGAUUGUUAUCCUUCUUAUCGUCGACGAAAUGAUGGCAAAAGGGUUAAAGUGAGGCGUUAUGAUUUGGAUAAUAGAUGGGUUGUACCCUAUAAUCCAUAUCUUCUUGCUUUAUUUGACUGUCACAUGAAUGUCGAGAUCUGCUCUACAAUCAAAUUAGUUAAGUAUCUCUACAAAUAUAUAUUCAAAGGGCAUGAUCUUGUUAACUUUCACAUUAUAGCUCAGAAUACCUCUGAUGAUGUUGAUGAGAUUCGAGAAUUCCAGCAGGGUAGAUGGGUUUCACCUCCAGAGGCUUUGUGGCGUAUCUAUGGCUUCCGCUUAAAUGAAAUGACUCCUGCUGUUUACACUCUUCAGGUGCACCUUCCUGAUGAGCAGUACGUCUCUUUUGAUAGAAAUGCUGAUCUUUUAAACCUUUUGAGCCAAAUAGAUUUGUCACAGACUAUGUUAACAGAAUUUUUUGAAAUGAACAAGACUAAUAAAAAGGCUCAGGACUUAAAGUGCCUAUAUCGAGAUUUUCCUCAGUAUUUUGUCUGGGCGCCAGCAAAGAGAGCAUGGUCCGAGAGGAGCAGAAGAAAAGUUAUUGGCAGAUUGGUUACCGUUAGCCCGAGUGAAGGUGAUAGAUAUUAUCUACGAUUGCUGUUAUCACAUGUUCGUUGUCCUACGUCUUUUGAUGAUUUAUUAGCUGUUGAUGGCCAAACGAUGAGCUCAUUUAGAGAGGCGGCGUUAAAGCUUGGGUUGUUAAAUUCUGAUUCGUACAUAGAGGAUACACUUGAAGAAGCCGCUGGCUUUCAAAUGCCUUCGUCCCUCAGGUUUCUCUUUGCCACUCUUUUGUUGUGUUGUUCUCCAGCCAAUCCACGCUUUCUUUGGGAAAAAUUUGAAGCUGAGAUGUCCAGAGAUUUUCUGCGCUCUCAUCCCUCUCAUGAAUAUUGUUCUGAUGAAAUCAGAAGAAAAGUAUUGCUGGAUAUUAAUAAGACUCUUGAGCAGAUGGGCCGACACAUUACUGAUUAUCAUUUACAUUCAGAUUGUUUUAGCCUUAAAUGUCAAGACCGCGUAACCAAAGAGGUUGACAAUGAAAGGAAUAUCGAAGUUACGCCAGAAGAUUUACUUAUAUCUUCGAAGUUGAAUGCAGAGCAGAGGUAUGCAUAUGAUUUGAUCCUCCAGUCAGUUUACUCUUCAGAGGGGAAGGCAUACUUUGUCGAUGGCCCCGGAGGGACCGGUAAAACAUUCUUGUAUCGUUCUCUCCUCGCUACCUUGAGAUCACAGGGAUAUAUUGCAAUUGCUGUUGCAACUUCCGGUGUUGCAGCUUCCAUUCUACCUGGUGGGAGAACGGCACAUUCCAGGUUCAAAAUUCCACUGGACUGUUCAAGACACAGGACUUGCCAGCUAAGUAAGCAGUCGAGCACUGGCAAGCUAAUUGCUGAAUGUAAACUGGUUCUUUGGGACGAAGCUUCAAUGGCACGAAAAGAGACCAUCGAAGCUUUUGAUGAAUUGCUCAGAGAUAUAAUGGAAUCCAAUGAGCCUUUCGGAGGUAAAGUCGUUGUAUUUGGUGGUGAUUAUCGACAAACUUUGCCUGUUAUUCAAGGAGCCACCAGAGACCAGUUAGUUGGCUCCAGUCUUGUUAGUUCGGCACUAUGGUCUAAAAUGCUACGGUUGAGAUUGACGGAAAACAUGCGCGCUCUCUCGGACCCUUCUUUCUCUCAAUUCUUAUUGAGAGUUGGUGAAGGAUUGGAGCUUAUGGAUGAGGACAACCAGAUAUGUCUUCCAAGCAAUAUCGUGGUUCCAUUUGUUAACGCAGAAACGUCUCUCAACAGGUUGCUACACUGUGUUUUUCCAGAUUUGAACGCCUGCUGGAAUGAUCCUUACAAAUUGAUCAAUAGAUGUAUUUUGACCCCCAAAAAUGCUUCUGUUGACGAUCUCAAUGGGGUGCUGAUCAACAGAUUCCCUGGACACCUUCAUGUUUACACUAGCUCAGAUAGGACUUUGGAUCAGCGACAUCAGAGUGAUUACGAAGAUUUUUUAAAUUCUCAGAAUCCAAAGGGCUUGCCUCCACAUAAGCUUCUGCUAAAGGAGAACUGUCCGCUGAUUCUACUCAGAAAUUUAAAUCCGCUUGAAGGGCUGUGUAAUGGUACGAGACUUAUUUGUCGGCAGCUGCUACGACACACUAUUUGCGCCGAAAUUGCCUUUGGUCAGCACAGAGGAAAAACAAUUUUCAUACCAAAGAUCCCAUUGCAGACAUCAGAUACUGAAAAAAAUGGUAUCCCUUUCAUAAGAACACAGUUUCCAGUUCGUCUGUGUUUUGCAAUGACCAUCAACAAAGCUCAGGGUCAAACCUUAGACUAUGUUGGUAUCUACUUACGAGAACCAGUCUUUUCGCAUGGCCAGUUAUACGUUGCCCUGUCAAGAGCCAAGUCUGCUGCUGCAGUGAAAGUUCUAAUACUGCCUGGAACUUUUGAUGACGUGAAACUGGAUUGCAAGACAAGAAAUGUUGUCUUUACUGAAAUUUUAGAAUUGUCUGGCUGA